CCUGCGUUCACUUAAUCUGUCGCACGUAACGUCCGUUUGCGAAGGCGAGGACAGCCGAUUGGUUUAAUCUCUGCUUGCAAGGGGACGUUCUGCCGCCUUCGGGGCCUUCUGUGCGCUCGUACAUGGAAUAGAACAAUUUUCAAAACUUGUCGGAAAAAUAACAAAGUAGAUCAUCGGCUGACUGGUGUUUCGUUUUAGACUUCAAACGAAAAUGGAACCAAAUACACCAGACAUUUAACUGGCUAAACAAAGCGGUUGUAAAUACUAUUUUUACCUUCACUGAGAAAGUGUCCACGCUAUUCUUACUUCGCGACCCUUAAUAAGUCAUAUAGCGUGAAGUUAAGAAAUAUUUCAAGUGCCGCCAGGCGUUUCAAGUGCUAGCGGCAAUUUUCCGACAGUCCCUGAAUCCCGCACUAGCUAUUGUGGUCGGUUCAGAGAGGGUGCUAGCAUCGCUUCAGCAUAUGAAUGAGUUUGUGUUGGGCCUCCAAUAAACAAUGCACUCCAGGGGGAGUUAAUACCUAGUAUUUGGAAAAAUUGUGAUUUAUUUGGCUGUUAUUAGACUCAAGUCACCCCUUUGUCCUAGUUCUCCCUCGGACUUCAAAGCUAAAGUGGCUUAACAUCAUCUGCUCGACCUAAACGGGAUGCUAACCGGCAAUGAUUAGCUAGCUGGCUAGCUGCUAGCAGUUUUAGUUAAUUUAAGGAUACUUGACCUAAAUGGGUAGGAAAUCGAGAAAUUCACAUUUUCAGCAACGUAUACAACGUGUGCGAUCGUUUGUUUAUAGUAAAUCGUUUCAAAAUGGACCUUAAUUUUUACUCUGACCUGUCGGAUGGUUGUGCUCAAAAUGUUGAUUCGGAGUUUUUGGACACCCAAGCAUACGGUGGAUACUCUGAGGAAAACAAGUUUCCAGAAGGCAGCGACAGUUACCUGACCAUUAGUGGAGCAGGCCACCCAUUUUUGUCCGCUGAGCAGACAUUCCAUACUCCCAGUCUUGGGGAUGAGGUUUUUGAGAUUCCUCCCAUCUCCCUUGAUCCAGACCCAGCUCUGGGCAUCAGCGAUGCCGUGUCCCACUUUGAAUUGGCAGAUGGGUCAGAUGGCACCGGGGGACCUUCGGGCUCCCGUAGCCUCGUCAGCAACCUGGUGGUCGAGGCUAAUGACCCUUCCUUCGCUUCCACCUUUGUGAACUCUGGGUCUCAAGGCCUGGAGCAGCUGAACCUUGGGGCAAUGGGCCAGGCUGGAGGGGGGGCCCUGCUGAGCUCUUCUGCACUGGUGACUGCUCUACCUGAACUGGGGAAUUCCAGUGGUUCACAUUUCAGCAGUUCAUCCCCCAUGACCAUUGAUGUCCAGCUUGGUGACAUUGGUCAUGGUCUUUUGGGAAGCAGUCAGCUGAGUACAAUUAACCAGUCAGAACUGGCACUAGGUCUUGGGAGUGAAAACAUCGGGCAUCAUUCCGAGACACCAGAGCAGCCGCUGUCAGCUACACCAUCUCCAGCUGGUUCCCUGCAGGAUGAGGACAUGGAUGACUUCAAGAGGAGUGUGCUGGUAGACUCCCCCAUGUCUCUCUCCUCUUCCUCUGUCCUCUCCCACAUGUCUUCCCACCCAGCUCCCCCAUCCUCUGUCUCCCCAGCUACAGUCAGGAGGGGCGGGGGGAAGCCCGCCACACUGGCCUCAGCGAGUGGGGCCGUGGCCGCAAAGAAAGGAAGGAAGAAGAAAGAUCCAAAUGAACCUCAGAAGCCUGUUUCAGCCUAUGCCUUGUUCUUCAGAGACACCCAGGCAGCUAUUAAGGGCCAGAACCCUAACGCCUCCUUUGGAGAGGUGUCAAAGAUUGUGGCCUCCAUGUGGGACAGCCUGGCUGAGGAACAGAAACAGGUGUACAAGAGAAAGACAGAAGCAGCCAAAAAGGACUAUUUGAAAGCGCUGGCAGCUUACAGAGCCAACCAGCUCUCACAGCCUGCCACUGAGGAGAUAGAGACUGCCCCUUCACCACCACCACCUGCCCUUAACCCGACUCCAACAGCUGUUUCCUCUGCUGGUCACCAGGCAAUCCGCCUGGCUAACAACACCCUGGAAGAAAAUACCAUCACCAACAUUUGUGCCUCCAACAUUAUUCUGGACGUCCCAGAGAUGACCACGCGUUCCCGCACGGGGGCAAACAAAGCGGCCGCUCCAGCAGCAGCCGCUCCGCCAGCCCAGACCAUCACCAAGAUCAUAAUCCCAAAGCACAUGCUGCAGGCGGGGGGCCAGGUGGUGACAGUGUUGCCCGGAGGGGUCCGCACCUUGCAGCCUGCACUGGUAGUGUCGGGUGCCUCUCGUCAGCCACCUCCGCUGCAGCAGAUGCAGAAUGCUCCUCCACCGCCACGGCUCCAGCAAAUGGCGCCAGCCCCUCCACCAUUACAAGCCAAGCCUCGCGAGGGAAGCACCACGUCAGGUCUCCCUGUGUCUGUCACGGCCACACCUCCGCCUCCACUCCAGAUAAAAAUAGUUCCUGCCUCCUUGCAGGGCAAAGAGGCCCUGCCAAUUAUUGUCCCUAAUACAGCGGCUGCAUCAUCUACUGUGACUGCUUCUGCCCAAUCUGCACCUGUUGUGUCAGUGCAGGUGGUGAAUUCUGCUGAUGUGUCAGGAAGUCCAGAUGAGGAUGAAGAGGUGCUGCCCUCCGAAGAGGAUGAGAUGGAGGUAAAUGGGUCGAUUGAUGCCGCAGCUAUGAAGAGUGUGUGUGUGCGGGCGGGCUGUAACAACCCAGCAGUAGAGAGUGAAGACUGGGACAGAGAAUACUGCAGCAAUGAAUGCGUGGCCACUCACUGCAGAGAUGUAUUCAAGGCAUGGUGCUCCAUCAGGAAUCAGACCAUGGGAACAGUGAAGUAAAGAGUAGCAACUACCAGUCACAUCAACAGAAAGUUUGUUUUUUCCCUGAGCCUGUGUUAAUAACUGAAAGACGGAUGCAGAACUGGUGCAGUACAGAGAUGUCAACAAUGCAUUUCACUGCAGGUACCUCAGUGUCAUAACUCUCUAACUGUUUUGUAUAGGUAUUUUAGGUUUGACAGUUGCUGUUAAGGAAAAUAGACAAGUAGUAUUGCUAAAGACAGCCAUUCCAAGGUGUUACUUUUGGCAGCCGGAUUACAGAAAUGUCUGCUGUGUUGAUAUUUAUGUGGUAUUAUGUUUGAGUAUGUACAAUAUACAACUUUAAGUCAGGCAUCAAGGGACUUCAUGGCAGCUAGAGAACGGAUCAGCACAAUGAAGUAUAAAAGAUGGUCAAGAGAAUGGGAUUAAUUUAGAUUUUUUUUUUUUAUUAAAGCCCACAAAGAUGAGUUUAUACUUCUUUACUGUAAAUAGUAACUUUUUGGAAAAGGCUAAAAUAGGUAAGAAAAGUCUGUUUCUCAAAGCCCCUUGGUCAGACAAAUACAUUUUUACAACAGUUUAAGGUGUUAUUGUAGAGUGCUCACUGAUGUCAAAUUCAUGCUCUGAACUUUUUUUGAUGUUUAAAUCAUUAUGUGAGAGAAACCAAAACAAUUCCAAUUCUUUACUUAGCUGAAACAUGCCUUAGUUUGACAGUAAAACAGUUUGUAUAACUGCAUACCUUCUUUUUGUACUGAGAACACUGGCCUUUUUGGCUUAAUAUUGCCUUCAGUUUUUGUAAAACAUUCUAUCCAGAUCAAUGUCAGUUGUUAAAAAAUGCUUGACUUUCAUGUUUUCUUAAUAAAUCAGACAAUUGCUCAAUCUA